ACAACCAGAGCUGGCGUGAGACUGUUUUUAUAUCAGAUCAUAGAUGGGUGUUAUAGACCUUCAUUUUGCUUUUAAAGCUUCGAAAAGCAGCCUAUCACAUUGUCAACCCUUCCUUUCAACUGCAAAGAGCAAAUUGUAGUGUACGGUUCAAAACGCCCCCUUUGUGCAAAUAUCAUGGAAUAGAAGGACAUGGUGGACUGUUUAUCUUCUUUCUGCUAGAAUUUCUUUUCUUUUCCUAUUUUUUUCCAAGGGUAGCAAUCAUCGAAUUCGAUGAUUAAAAUGGCACGAUUUCUCAUCAAGUUACAUCGAGUGGUGGCGCUAUCUCCGUCUGUGAACAUGAUGGCCUUUAUAAAGCCCUCAGUAGACGGAGCGAUUGUCCAGUCGUAGGUCGAGUAUUGAUCAGGAAAAAAACGUCGUCUGCUAGAGAUCGGUUGUCUGCCCACGCCCGCCCGCUCGUAGGUCGAGUAUUGAUAAGCGAACACGUCGUCUGCUAGAGACCGGUUGUCUGCCCACUUCUCCCUUCAUCAAUUGAAACAAGCGUCAUCAUGACUGUCGAGGUGUACCUCAAGGAUAUGGGCUACCUCCUAGAAGGCCCUCACUGGGAUGACGUCAACAAUAAGCUCUAUUACGUCGACAUCUUCGGUAACGCCAUCCAUCGAUACGAUGUCGCCUCGCAGAAGGAUGAGAAGGUCGAUAUAGGUGAGAGCGUAGGGGCCUCUGUCCCGACUCGCAGCGGGAAGACUCUGGUUGCUGCCAAGCAUAAGAUGGGCUAUUGUGAUUGGCGAACGGGUAACUUCGAGACCGUUGCUAUGGUGGACGAAGACCAGCCGACGACGAGAUUUAACGACGGAAAGUGCGACCCCGCUGGUAGAUUAUGGGCAGGUACAAUGGGAGCAGAGGAAGUACUGGCUGGUGUUGAGAAAGGAAAGGGCUCCCUCUUUUGUCUUCAUUCUAACAUGAAGGUCACAAAACAUGUUGAUAAUAUCGACAUUUCUAAUGGUAUGGCGUGGACGGCUGACCGAAAAACCUUGUACUACAUUGAUACGCUAAGACAUGGCGUCGAUGCUUUCGACUAUAACAACGAAACAGCUGAAAUUGGUAACCGUCGUCAAGUUGUGAAAGUUCCGGACGAAGAGGGCCUCCCUGACGGUAUGUGUAUUGAUAGCGAGGAUAUGCUGUGGGUUGCACUCUUCAAUGGUGACGUCAUUAAUAGAUACAACCCCAAAACAGGUGAAAAGUUGCAAACGAUCCGCUUCCCGACCACGAACAUCACUAGCUGCUGCUGGGGAGGACGCAACCUGGAUGAACUCUACGUCACCAGCGCCAAACAUUUCCUCACCGACGAACAAAAGAGAACACAACCAUUGGCUGGAUCUGUCUUUCGGGUCACCGGCCUCGGGGUCAAAGGGGUCAAGUGUGAACCUUUUAAUGAUAGUUAGACUCAUCGAGAAUUCCAUUGUCUAGAUAUUCAGCAUCACUUUGCAAUUUGUUCUUCAUUGUCGCAUUAUGUAUGAGAAAAUUAACUUUGUUAUAGUAAAAGAAAUGUGAUAAGGACAAUAUUUAAUAGUACCCAAGGUAACGCAAUAUACAGUGCGCCCCACAAAAAGGGAAACCCGUUUUCAGAGAUAGGUUUCACAAUUAUCAAUUAUGUUUUUACUAUAAAUUUGAUACUCAUGGCAAGAGUGGAAUCAAAUCUCGAAUUUGAAACCAACUGCUAAGCAAAUCGUUCACGCAUGGCAGACCACAAACAAUAAAUAUUGAGGCAUAAUUUGCGCAGGAACUCGCGUGUUCCAAUCCCACCGCAGCACUAGUGCCCUUUGGCAAGGCGUUUAUCUACAUUUGCCACUCUCGACCCAGGUGUAGAAAAUGGGUACCCGCGGUAGGAAGGAAUUCCUUGAAUGCUCGAUGCGCCCGAUCAGGGUAGCCGUGCUAAAGCCGGGGUAUAAUAUGGACAGUGCUUACUCAAGUGUUAAAUUAUGUCAAAGCGCUAUAUAAAUGUUGCACAUUAUUAUUAUUAACAGUCUUCAUUAGUGCAGUCCUGUAGUAUAGACCCACUAGAAUGAUAACAUACAAAUUUACUACUCAUUACACUAAUCAUAUAUCUUACCAAGUAACAAGUAGUUUUCCUCUUUUCCAAUGAAGUUUCUCUGCCAAAAAUUAAAAAUAUUUUAAAACUAGCUAUUGAAAACAAAUUCAAUGGAAGACACUAUUUGUCAGUUCGCUCCCCCUUUAAAGUGCCUUUAAGCAUAUCAGCGUAAUUGAUAUCAUAGUAUCUCACAAAUUCAUCUGUUUGUAUAAUAAUGUAUGGAUGUCUUGUAAAUAUGCAGCAAUAAAUCAUUAUGAUCUUGGAGUGAAAAAUCAAUGAAUAGACAUUUAUUUUGCGUAGUAGUUGAAUUAUGAUGGCGCUCUUUAAUCUCUCUAGAUUUAAUUAUGAGAGGUGCCGUGGCCGAGUGGUCUAAGGCGCCUGGCUAUACAUGGAAAGUCCGGGGUUCGAUCCCCGGCCGCGGCACCAAUGCCCUUGAGCAAGGCAUUUAAUCUACAAUGCUCUUUUAUCCUGCUUUCAAAUAAAUGGAAAUGCUAUAUGCAUUAUUGGUAACAAGA